GUUCCAGCUGCGGGCGGGGCUGGCGGUGCGGGCGCACCGGAGGCAGCAGCGCUGACUUUCAUUGCCUUUCCUUUUUGUUGGGCUGUCAGUAGGGAUUUCCUUGGUUUCAGAUCAGAGCUUUUGAGAACGUUACAGCAACACACGGUUCAGAAGUUUGUAGGGGUUAGAAAGGCGAAAGCGUUGGGGAGGUGUAAAGGGAGAGUGUGGGAAACCGAACUUCACAUCCUGACAAAGCUUCAGACCUAAACCUUUGUGUUGGAUGGAACUCUUGAAGGGGCUGUCAUCAGUCACCAAGAACAAUGGACUACUCAAUAUCACCUUUAAAUAUGACAACUGCACACCUUACCUGAAUUCAGUGGGAAAGCACGUGAUUGGAGAUGUGCAGAAUAUAACUCUUAGUCAGUAUGCGUGUUAUGAACAGGUUGCAGUGACGAUCCUUUGGACAGCAAAUGCCAUUGGGAUUGAAUACCUGAAAGGAUUUCGGGUAAUACUUGAGGAGUUAAAAUCAGAGGGAAGACAAUGCCAGCAGAUGGUUUUAAAAGAUCCAAAGCAGCUCAACCCCAGUUUUAAACGAACAGGAAUGGAAUCCCAGCCCUUUGUAAAUCUGAAGUUCGAAACAGACUACUUUGUAAAGAUUGUUCCUUUUCCUUCUAUUAAAAAUGAAAGCAAUUAUCACCCAUUUUUCUUCCGAACUAGACCAUGUGAAUUGUUGCUGCAGCCAGAAAACCUUGUCUGCAAACCUUACUGGAAGCCAAGGAAUCUGAAUGUUACCCAGCAGGGUUUUAACAUGCAAGUGUCCUUUGAUCACGCACCUCACAACUUUGGGUUUAGAUAUUACUCUCUUCACUACAAACUUAAGCAUGAGGGGCCAUUUAAGCAAAAGACCUGCAGACAGGAUCAAAACACAGAUACUACAAGUUGUAUUCUUCAGAAUGUAUCUCCGGGGGAUUAUAUAAUUGAGCUGGUUGAUGACACUAAUACAACAAGGAAAACAAUGCACUACGCGCUAAAACCAGUACAUUCUCCGUGGGCUGGACCAAUAAGAGCUAUUGCCAUUACAGUCCCUUUAGUUGUCAUUUCAGCAUUCGCAACACUUUUCACAGUGAUGUGCCGCAAGAAACAGCAAGAAAAUAUAUAUUCCCAUCUAGAUGAGGAGAGCUCAGAAUCUUCAGCAUAUGCUGCAGGUCUCCAUGUGGAAAGACUUCGUCCCCGGCCAAAAGUGUUCAUCUGCUAUUCCAGUAAAGAUUGCCAGAAACACACUAACGUCAUCCAGUGUUUUGCUUAUUUUCUUCAGGAUUUUUGUGGCUGUGAGGUGGCUCUAGAUUUGUGGGAAGAUCUAAAAAUUUGUAAAGAGGGUCAGAAAGAGUGGCUUCUUAAAAAAAUAAACGAGUCUCAGUUUAUCAUCAUUGUGUGUUCCAAGGGAAUGAAAUACUUUGUUGAAAAAAAGAACUGGAAACACAGAGGGGUAACCAAAGACGCAGGAAAUGGAGAACUUUUUCAAUUUGCUGUGUUGACUGUGGCAGAGAAGCUUCGUCAAGCCAAGCAGAAUUCAAAUGACCUCUGCAAGUUCAUUGCAGUCUACUUUGAUUACUCCUGUGAAGGAGACAUCCCUGGUAUUCUGGAUCUAAGUACAAAAUACAAACUCAUGGACAAUCUCCCUCAGCUGUAUUCACACUUGCACUGCAGAGAUCUUAGUGUACAGGAUUCAGAAGUGCUUCCUGUCAAUAUUAGUAAAAGGAAUUAUUUCAGGAGCAAAUCUGGGAGGUCCCUUUACGUUGCCAUUUGCAAUAUGCAUCAGUUCAUUGAUCAGGAGCCAGACUGGUUUGAGAAACAAUUUAUUCCCUCCCCUCCACCUUCUUUACAUUACUCGGAGCCUGUCAUGGAAAAAUUUGAUUCGGGCUUGGUUUUAAAUGACUUAGUGAAUAAACAGGUGAUGGAUGGCGAUUUUUACCUGAAAACAGAUCUAAAUAUUAUUUCAGAUGGGAAUUCAGACUCUCACUGUAUAAUUCAGCACUUACAUCUUGGAGAAGAUACAGAAACUCAGGACAUUCAGGGUGGUGGCAGCUCCGUUCUUCAGCCAUUGUUACAUGUUGUUAAAACUUCAAAUUUUAAAGAUAUGCCUCGAGAUUCUGGAAUCUAUGAUUCAUCUGUUCCUUCAUCUGAGUUAUCUUUACCUUUAAUGGAAGGACUAUUGACAGACCAAACUGAAACAUCUUCCAUUACAGGAAGUGUUUCUUCAUCAUCAGGUUUAGGUGAAGAAGAACCUCCUGUAAUCACUGCUACAAAAUUCUUAGUGCCUGGAUUAUGUAAAGCAGAAUUUCAUUGCCAUAUCCAUCCUGAUGAACUGCAGGCAAUUGCUCCUUUAUAAUACAUUACCACAUUGUUAUGCAUUGCCACUUUAUCAACAGCCUCUGCUUGUGCUUUAACUACCACGCUGUCUCAGCACUCCAUCUACUUGAAGGAACAAAUACUCCCUGAAGAAGAUCUGUUUGUUAUUCCUUAGGGUUGUCUUUUUUUUGUGGCCAGUAAACUUGAAUCUGUUGGUCUUCAUAUAAAGCCCGUCAUGAUUUGAAAAGUGCAGCAUGCAAAAAUACAUGAGAAUACAUUCCAAAAUUAUUACUAUUAAUAAUUUAGAUGUUGUGAUAUUACAGAUGCCAUAAUCAAAAUGGACUUCUUUUUGCUAGAAAUAAUCUUGCAACUGGACAUAAAAUAGUUUGGGUUAUUAAGUCUUGGUCAGUUUUGUAGUACAGUCUCUAGUUUUAUAUGCAGACAUACUUGAUGACAGGACUGUUGGAGCGAAAGAGCAGGAUUUUUUUUGAGAAGGAAGAUAUAAAAUGCUGAAAGUGAGAUCAACAAAUUCUCCAACAGAAGAAAUAAUUUUCUUUAGAAAUAUUUAAGCUGCUUUCCUCAUUCUCCUCUCUUUCCCAAACGUUGAUGUGUGUCAGUAUUUAAUUUCAACUAAGUGCGUAUCACCCUUUUCUGUAUGAUUCCCCUGUCUUUUCCCCACAGUCUGGCUAUGAUGACUCAUGGAUAGUACCAUACGGAGCCUGAAGUAUCGUUUUUAUAAUAGACAUAAAAUAUAAAUCCUGCAUAUGCUGAGAGAUACCAUGGCAACCCAAGCUUCCUGUUUUCUUCCUGGUAGUGUUAAUAUAAAGAAUACUUCAAAGAGAUGGAGGAAGGAAGACCAUAUUUUCUAUUUAAGACAUCAUUCUGGAUUUGUUGAACCAUGAGUAUGCAUUAUGAGGGAUUUCAUAUUAUCCUUCAAGGACAUGCUGCUGUAAAAACUCCUGGGGUCAGAUUCUGUUUUGUUUCACGUCUUCACUUUCCACUAACAGGAGGUUAUUUUAGGAAUACGCCAAGGGAGAAUUUGAACAUCUGAAAUAUUCUCUGUUUUGAUAGGUGAGAGUUAGAUGGUUAACUGUUACAUAGUAUUAUCCAUUUUAAUAGCAGGAGAUAGAACUAUUAAACCAGUGGUGAGUUUGGAUGAUUAGCUUUAAAGCUCCUGUGUUUUUUGUGUUUUUUUUAUAUUUGAUCAUUUGAAUUUCCAAACACAAGACUCUCUUACUCCAUCUGUGACGGCAGUUUUGAAAGUGCUGUAUUAAUUAGUUGAACGUUAUCAUCAAUGGCAGAACUCUGGCACGCUGUGCAGUUGUAAUAUGGGAUUUGAUGAUCAACUAGAUGUAUGUGUCAUAUUUGGACGGUCUUGUCCAUUAAUAUAAUGUUCCUUACUCUUCUUUUUUUUUUUUAAUUUGAAAGAACACUUAUCUGGAAAAAACCUCUAACUUGCAACACUGAAGUUAUUUUAGGUAGUUUUAAGGACAUAGUGAAUCAUCAUCUGCACCUUCAGUGAUGGGUUUUUUUAUGCUGUACCUUAGGCAGCACUGAAAGCAAAAUUCUUCAUGUUUUUACAUUCUCUGAAGUUGAAAAAUACCUGGGUCAAACUAGGCAGAAUACCUAGAGGUAAAUGCUCCUCCACUAAAUCCUCCUAUGAAAGAUCUAGAAUCAAGUCAAUUCUUGCCAUUUUACUAGAGAAAAGAUUUGAAUUGAUAAGAUAGACAGAAAGGUUACAGAAUUUGUGUGCUGAAGGGCUGCAGUGCAUAGAGAUGCCAAAGCUGUGAAACACGAGGAGGAGGCAAUUUCCUAGCAGUUACCUGGUGAAGGUAGAGCUGCUUCCUCUCUGGAAAGUCUCACAUAACAUAGCCUUAUUUUAUGCUAAACUAAAGAUUGGGAAGAUUUCCGUGGUCCAUUAAAUUCAGUAACAGAAAUGGUAUUACUUAAUGGAAUUAGAUUUUCAUUUUGGGCUCUAAGAAAGCUGUUUCGAAAACAGACAAAGGCAGUUGCACGAAGAAUCACUUAUCGUUAAUGUUUUCAUUUUUAUUUCUUCUCUACAAUCCUGCAAUUUUUAUUUUUUUAAUUAUAGAAGGUCUAUGUAGAUGCCAGUCAAAUCUGUUGAUAGGAGGGAGUGGGGAGAAUAAUUCCUUCAUUCCUUCUUAGCAUAACGUGGAAACAGCAUAUUAUAUGUCCUCAGAAGAAAAAGAAUAUAAUUAUUUGAAAAUUUAAAGUAGGACAAGCCCACACUUGGAAUAUACAAAAUUGAGAGAAGUUGUACUUAAUCAGUUUUAGCGUAUAGUUGCUUUUUUUUUUUUGCAAAGCCACAGUGCUUUAAAAAAUUAGAAAAAUAUUGUGUAUACCAAGGUACUGGAAGGAGUUAGUACUGAAUUUGCAGGAAUUCUGUAUUUUCACUCCAAUGAGAAUUACGGCAAAAAGCCUUGUAAAAAUAUUUUUAAAACAAGUAUGUUAAUACACGUUAGAGGUUAGCUUACUACUAUUUUCAAGCGUUAGGAAACUCUAAACAGAAUGUUAAUGGUGAAAGGAUCCCUUUAAUUUCUGCUAGACUCAAGAGUGUUGACACUAUUUGGAUGUUUUAAAGUGUAUUUUCUGGGCUGGUAGAAAAAACAGCUAUAGAGGUUCAAGAUACGGCAGUGUAUUCAACAUUGUGAAUGAUACAUAUAGUUGCCUUAAUUUGUACCUGUAAAUAAACAACACCAACUGGUGGAAAUAGAAUGCAGCUGGCAUAAAUAUUUUAUUUCUGCCACACUAUAAUUUAGAAGAUAAAUAUCAAAAUUAAUAUUUCAUUGUUUUCCUUGGCCUUUUCUUAGUAGUAUGAGAAGACUCGGCUUAAGAUUGCAAUUGUUUUAGGCAAAACAAUUUUAACGCAGUUAUGCAUACCACACAAAUAACCAGACUCCUAUUUAUACUCUGCGUCUUGAAGUGAAACAGAUAUUUUGAUGGGUGUUUAAUAUAGUCAAGCAACUGUGAGAAACCUUAAACUUCUGUAUGCGACAAAUUGAGUCUGAUUUAUUUUUUCUUUUAAUAAAAAUGCCUUAAUAUGAUUUUAUGUAAUUAUUUUUCUUAUCUCCUCCUUGAAGGUUUCCUAGCAGUACAUGGUUCUGUAUGUCAAGGGAAACCUACCCACACCAACUACAAAACUGUAAUAACCUAAAUUGGAUUAACUUUGUCAAAGAAGAUGUAAUAAUUACCUAAGAUUUAUAUGCUUAUACUUAAAAUGCUAUAGAAAAAUCUGCAGUGAGUCUGUAAAAUUUGUUGUUACUGGGGACUUGAACUACUUAUUUAAUAACAGUUAAUUUCCAUACACAUUUUGCAGGAUGAUGUUUAAAAUGUUUAUACCUGUUAUCUUCUUUGGGCCUCUAUCCUGCAAUUCCUAGUUCUGCUUCUAUCACCAUGUAACUCAGAGACAUUCUGAAGGGUCACUAAGCACAUGAAUAGUUGUAGUAGUAAUUCAAAAAGGGAAUUCGAUAAGUUACUUCUCUCUAUCUGAACUGGACUUCUUUGUGAUGUGUUAUUCGUAUGUAUAUUCUGUAGUUCUGAUCUCUGGGUCCUCUGCCUUGGAGCCCUGUACAUGAGGGAUUUUUGUGGCUCAGUGAAAGUGGAAAAAGAUGUUGCUAUAGUUUUUAUACGGUCAGUUUAAAACAUGAGAGCCCUUAGGAUGCUUUUCUGAUGUUUGGGAACUGUUGGCCAAAAUCAUUCCACCUUGAGGAUGUGGAAGAAUAUGAGGAUGUGCAUAUGGAUAAUAAAUCUUGAAAAACUUGAGGAAAUAAGCUCCAUUAUUUUGUUGUUCUUAUGUUGCAUUUAAAUAUAGCGGUGACUUGCUACUGGAAUUCUCCCCCCCAGUCCCUACCCAACAAACACUUUUUGAGAUAUAGUGAGAAAUGAGCACUGCACACAGUAUGUGCAUUCAGACGAUUGCUGUUCAGACCUGAAUUAUUUCUAUAAGGUCAGAAGUUAAAUAGAUCAGCUGAAGGAGUUUUCCCCUUCCAUCUGCUAUAACUGAUUCUAUUUUACUUGCUAUCAUCUGUUGCUGUUUCUCAGACUCAUACAAAACAACAAUGGUUAAUUUAUAUUGUUUAUAAUGGGAUGCAAUUUCCUUCUUUAUUAUCUUAGAACUGACUUAAUAAAGUUUUAUUUACUAUGAUGUUCAUUUUUAUGGGUAGUUGCACUGAUGACAAUGCUUUCAUAUCUGCAGCAGUCCAUAGAAAAAGUAGAGGUUGGUCAUGCUGUCCUGCUGAUAAAAAGCAGAGGAAAAGGAAAUGUUCUUUCCUUGGUGUCAGACGUCACCUAGAUGGCCAGGAGUUGAAGUGCUUGCCCAUAGCUACUUCCCUACUAAAAGCUCAGUUCUUAGUGGUUUUGGCAUUUUACUCCAAUGCAGAUACUUUGAGAAGAAGGCUGUGACUUCGAAAACAUUAAUGUGAAAAUAUGAAAGAUGCUGGGGGAGGGGAAGAGAGUUUACUUACUAUAUAGUGGCAUAUAAUGGCUUAUAAUAUGCUAUUAAUAACCAUAAUUGUGAUAAGAAUAAACAUCAGUGCAAGAAGAAAUUAACAUCUGGAGAAUUUUCAUCAUCAAUUAAUAAAAAGAUUGCAUUUUUAAUGGAUAGGGAGCUGUAACAUUCAAGGCUGAUUUACCCCAGAAAUCAAACUACUUUUUUUUUCCAGGCUCUGCCGGUAGGUUUGGAGGCCUUAACAACAGAUGGAAGAUUAAACUAGCGUGAGUGAGUGUAUGGAAUGCUGUCCUGUUGGGCUGCUGAUUUAGUUGGAAUUCUAACUAUUUAGUUGCUACUGGUGUGCAAAAAGAUCUGCUUGGACAGAGACAGUCUUGAUUAUAAGAGUCAGGUAAAUGUACUUUGUAUCAGAUAGGUAUUUUUUCUCCACAGGGGAAAUAUGCACCUGUGGUUUCUCCUAAUUGUAAAUAUUAUAACAUGUGUAUGCUGCCUGUGCAAGUUCUGUAUUAACCCUUUGACUGUAAAUCAACACCAAACUGUUCAUGUAACUUGCUCUGAAUUUCUGUAAGAGCCAACCACGUUUAUGAUGAGAUUUUACUCAACCUAUUACUAUAUUUAACCUAUGACUAUUGAUAAUCAUAAUAUAAUUUUCUAGGUAAUAUAACAUUUCUUAGACAUGGAACCCAAGAUUAUACAAAGGGAAACUGAUACAGUAUUUUUCCGGUAUUGGAGUAAAGCAACCUUUGGAGGCUAUGCUCUGCCUUUUAUUAGAAUAUCGACUGUUGCCAACAGCUGCAGACCAAGGGUUCUUUGUUACCUUUAGCGGUACACUAAACAGAUCAAAGCUAAAAAUAGAAGUUAGUUCUUCUGUGGCUGAGAAAAUUUUAUUUCUAACCCAAUUACACAGGCUUAAACCUGUCAAAAGACGAUACGUUGCAUAGCAAAAGGGAAAAUUAGACACGUAAGGAAGGACUUGUUUUAUUUAUUUUUACGUAGUUACCAAACUAAACUGUGUUUCAAAGAAGAAGUUCCCAGAAGGAUUUUACAUUGAGGAAACAAGUGCCAAGAAUAUUUUUACUGCAGUUGGCUACUGCCUGGUGAAAGUAGUGGACAGUGCAAGUUGCAGAACAAUAAUCACAAUAUAAAAGUCUCUUUCACUAGCCUUUUCUAAGCUUUUUAUGAAUGCUGCAACCACACCCUUUUUAGUAAUGCUUUAUUUCUCAGAUGAUUCAACCAGUUCCAGUGGGUCCGAUUAUGAAAUCAGACACAAACAAUGUGAGUGGGACAUCCAUCAGAGGAGUUGUUUGGUGUGUCACAAGACAGAUUUUUCGCCUCACAAGUGCACAACUGGGAAUAUAAAGGCUGUAAGCAAGCAUUAUUCUCAUUUUACGUGAGAAAUGUAUUGGAACUAGAUAGGAAAUGGAUCCACUUCAAAGCAGAGUAGAGGCUGGUGUCAGCUGAAGACAGAUUGCAGAGGUUCGUGUCUUAGUCUUGAGCCAUAAUGGAGCUUCUUUCAACAGUCUGUAAACAGUCAGUGCCUUUGGCUACAGGUAUCAUUAUUGCAGCUUUUUCUGUUUUGCAAUAACCUGCAUGAUAGAACAACUAACAAGGCACUGUUUUAUGCACCAAACGAGUUCUCUGGCACCCCUGCAACGAGUCAUCUACCAAUGGAGCGUGGUGGGAAACUGAGGGCUGCACAGCAGAAGCACAGCAAGAACUGCAGGAGAAGGAAGAGAGAGACUUGGGCAAACAUUAAGCAAUGCGUUUGAUUUCGUCUACAAUAUCCCAUGGAGACAUCUGAAGUGUGAGUUAACUUAGGGCAGCUUUUUGAUGGACUACAGGUGCCUUUUUGAGCCCCACAGCACUCCUUGGUCCUAGUCCUGUAGAAGUGCAUUGCUUGGUGUGAACCUGGUUUGCAAGAAUAACGCCGUUAUAAUUUUGAUGAAAAUCAGGAGUGAUUUCAUUGCUGUCAGUUACGUCAUACUUAUUUCAAAAUAAUUGAGUGGGAAUAGAAUUAGACCUAUUUGUCUUUAGCAAAGUCUAAUACAGGGGAUGUACCCUGUACAGGUCAUUAGUCAUCAGCAGAGAGGAAACUGUCUACUCUCUACUGUGGCUUUUGCAAACGUGCCAAGGUGUGGUUUAGGUGUUAGGAAGGAAACCACCAUCUCUUUGCAGAGUAGUUGGACAAUGCUCGGUGACUGAGGGUGGAGUGAGAACAACUGUUACAGUGAAUCAGGAAAGCAGGGCAGGAUUCUUAUUUCUGAACUUGACUUUUUUGCUUAGACUGCCUUCAGGUACAGGUACAUUUAUUUGAAUAUUCCUUCUUUUACCCUUAAAUUGUCUUGUUAAAACCAAAUGUUUUUAACUAUAACUGUCAGAUAUCAUUGUAUUUUAAGAUAAUGUUUU